UAAUCUUUAAUCUAACAUUUUAUGAUGAUGAAUUUUGAUGACAUUUGACAAAAUGUAGCACACUCACUUAAAGGAGCUACAAUUUAACUUGACAGCUGAAAUGUGCUGUACAAGGAACCAUCCCUAUAUCAACUUUGAGCAAAUGAUUAACUAUGAAUAAUUGUUUUUUUAAAAAGUGAUUGUAUUGUGAUAUUAUUUUUGAUAAACCUACGACAUCCCACAGGUUAGUGUGAACCUAACCUCUUUUGCCCCUGCUGUGCCCCUGUGGGCCACCGUAGCUGUGUGGCAUCUUCACUCAGACCAGACGCUGGUCAGUAAUUCUCCUCUCGUCCUGUUCCACCUCUGCGGUUUCACAUCGAGCCCGGCAGACGUUGCCUCAGUCUUGAAAACUUGUAAAAGGACUGAAGUGUGUUUUCAUGAUGGCGUUGUUCAGAGGAAUGUCCCCGAUGACUCAUGUCCUUACAUAGCCUGCUCUGAUUUGUCAGCCUGGUGGAUCUGGGACAGAUGGGUCACUACAUGUACAGACGACUUCGUCAUGGUUGUUGCCUGGAUCCUACCUGUACUGUGAGGGUGCUUCACCCGUCUAAACGCAGGGCACUGGUCAGGUUUUAAUCUUGUUGAGUGCCAGAGAGCUGUGCAGCGUCAUUCCCUUAAAGCUGAGCCAGACCCAGAAGUGAAACCUGACCCAGGGCUGAAAAAUGGACCAGAAUGGAAACUGAGGCCAGGAUAGCGUUCCUGCAGGGGGAGAGGAAGGGCCAGGAGAACCUGAAGAAUGACCUGGUCAGGAGAAUCAAAAUGUUAGAAUAUGCUUUAAAGCAGGAAAGAGCGAAAUACCACAAGUUAAAAUAUGGAACAGAGUUAAACCAAGGAGACAUGAAGAUGCCAAUCUUUGAGUCAGACACCAAAGAGUCGGAGGUCUCUGCUGUCCCGGCCAACAGUCAGCUAAUGUGGAAACAAGGCCGGCAGCUCCUCAGACAGUACCUUCAAGAAGUUGGAUACACAGACACCAUCUUGGACGUUCGCACUCAGAGGGUUCGCUCUCUGCUCGGCCUGUCGGGUUCUGAGCAGAACGGAUCGAUGGAGAAUAAGAACCUGCAGCACCUGAUCAAUGGAACAGAGCGCUGCAAAGACCCCAAGAGGAUUCCAAAUGACAAUCUGGAGACGUUCAACUUCCUGGAAAACGCAGAGGACAGCGAUGAGGAGGAGGAUGAGGAAGGAGACCUGAUGGAUGACAUCAGCUCUGACAAACAACACAGACCUAAAAAACACAAGCCUAACAUAGGGAACGAGGGCCUGGCAUCAGAGGACGACGCAGACACAGAGGAAGCCCUGAAGGAGUUUGACUUCUUGGUGACAGCAGAGGAUGGAGAGGGAGCCGGAGAAGCUCGCAGCUCUGGAGACGGGACGGAGUGGGCGGAACCGCUACCGUUCCCCUCCGGUGGAGGGAAGUCCUUCCUGCUGGGAGGGCCGGACGACGUGCUGGAGAGUGUGUUGGGUUUGGGGGACCUGGCGGACCUCACCGUCACCAACGACGAGACGGACUUCGGCUACGAUCUGUCGUCCAGUAAAGAAUCUACGUUCAGGAAGACGUGGAACCCUAAGUACACGUUGCGGAGCCACUUCGAUGGCGUCAGGGCGCUGGCUUUCCACCCCGUGGAGCCCUGCCUGGUCACCGUGUCUGAAGACCACACCCUGAAGCUGUGGAACCUGACCAAGACCGUCCCAGCCAAAAAAAGUGCCUCUUUUGAUGUGGAGCCCAUCUACACAUUCAGGGGUCACAUCGGCCCGGUUCUCUCCUUGGCCAUGACUUCCAGCGGUGAGCAGUGUUUCAGUGGAGGCAUCGACUCCACCAUCCAGUGGUGGAACAUCCCCAGCUCUAACGUCGAUCCCUAUGACACCUACGAUUGCAGCGUCCUGGCGGGGUCGCUGCUGGGUCACACCGACGCCGUGUGGGGAUUGGCUUACAGCGGCAUCAAGAACCGCCUCCUGUCCUGUUCCGCUGACGGAACCGUCAAGCUGUGGAACCCCGUGGAGAAAGACCCCUGCAUCAUCACUUUCAACACAAACCAUGAGCAUGGAAUCCCCACAGCGGUAGACUUUAACGGUUGUGACCCCGCCCACAUGGUGGCAUCCUUUAACAACGGAGACGUGGCGAUAUACGACCUGGAAACGUCCCAGACUGCACUGGUGCUGAAGGGUCAAGGAGACAGCACCGUCCCGGGUUUGAAUCACAUCAAUAAAGUGGUGAGUCACCCCACGCUGCCCGUCACCAUCACGGCUCACGAGGAUCGCCACAUCAAGUUCUUCGAUAAUAAGUCAGGUAAAAUGAUCCACGCCAUGGUGGCCCAUCUGGACGCAGUGACCAGUCUGGCUGUGGAUCCUAACGGGAUCUACUUGAUCUCUGGCAGUCACGACUGCUCCCUGCGGCUCUGGAACCUGGACAGUAAAACGUGUGUGCAGGAGAUCACGGCUCACCGUAAGAAGAGUGAAGAGGCCAUCUACGACGUGACCUUUCACCCAUCCAAAGCCUACAUCGCCUCCGCCGGAGCCGACGCCCUGGCCAGGGUCUAUGUGUAGAUGAGAGGAGAGGUGCUGCGCUGCGCCGCGCCGCGCCGCGCUCAGACGUAGCCAGGAUUCAGGUCUGUUCACAUCCAUCAGACGGCAGCAGCAGACUGAGACGCCCACACACAUGCAGCCGCCCCGCGCCGCUGCCUUCGCCCACUGAAUGCAGCGCAUCUGAUCUGGCCAAUCAGUUUCCUCUCUAAGGCGGUGUCCAGCAGGCUGACCGUGGCCGGCCUGGCCUGACCCGGCCCAGCCCGGCCUCCUCGUCAUGUUGAACUCUAGUGCAAUCUCCACAUGCAGAUGUAGGAACAUUAAAGGAAAAAUCCCCCCAAAUGCAGCUGAUGGGUGGAGCUGCUCCUCUCUGCUGACGGAUUGUGUCCAUCCCAUCAACUCUUUGGCUCAGUCUCCAUCACUGUCACCUCCUUAUUUGUGCCAUGGUCAAACAUUGCAUCAUGGGAUUUUAGGUUUUAAAACAUCCACUCGCAGGAAGGCAGUUGGUAAGUUAGUGAGAAUGUUUAACAGUGACGUGUGUCUUCAUCAUCUUAAUUGUUAUCAAGUUCAAAGGAUGGAUUCUUCACUGUUACAGUACAAGCUAGACGUCUGCAGUCAAAAUGACAUGUUUGGUCCUUGACGUUUUCUGUAGUGACAAAGUUUCUCUUGGAAGAAUCAAGUCUGAAAUUAAGUAUCACUGCUUUCAUGUUAUUUCUGAGUGAAGGAGGAAGUUCUCACUGUUUUCCAGACCCAUUCAGCCUCAGGAGGCUUUACAGUGCAGCUACGUUUACUGAAGGACCCAUCUUCAGAUAGUCAUCAAGAUGUCUGCUGAGAGAAUAGAGAAAUGACGAGGAAACGUGUCUGAUCAGACCAACCCAGGGACAGAUCUGGUUUAGUGAUGGAGCAAGAAUUAAACUGUUGCUUCUGGUUUUAUCAGUGUUUCGUCCUAAACGGUUCUAACAGAACCUUCUGCUGAUUUUUCAUUCAGCCUGUAGAGCAAAAGUCUCUGACAGCAGGGAUCAUGUGAGGAGACUUUUUUUUAAAUGUUUCAAUCCAGUGUUAAAGUAACUACACAGUCACUGUGAUGUUGCUCUAGCUAAACUCCACACAGUCCUGCACUGCUUCACUGUCACAUGACUGAAUGUGGCCAAUUGUCACAUUGCUGUUUCUCCUGAAACACAAACAGCAAUUCGACAGCAGUGAGCAUCGGUUAUUAACCAGUUUAUGAAGCAACAUAAACUGCAGAACGAGAUACUGAACAUUUCUCCACUGCAGGGAAGAUAUUGACUACUCUCAACAUAACCCCACUUCAAAAGGCAGAUGUUUGUUUUCUGUUAUUGACAUCUUUAUAAAACAUUUUAAGUUCAUGUGCUGCUUCCUGUUUGUAUGAGGACACUAGGAAAACUCAGGCUGCAACUGACAGGUUGAGUUGCUGCUGCCCCUACUGGUGUGGAGGUUCAGUUUAUAGAAGUUAUCUGAGAAAAAAAAAUCUAAAAAUCCUUUUUUGUCUUUUGUCAGUAAUCUGUGACUGAACAUUUGCCUUCACAAAGGUAAACGUUAAAGUGCAUCAGCAGUGUGUAGAGAAGCCAGCAGGGGGUGCUAACAUCUAUCAGGACACUAAAGAAGCAGAAGCUCUACAUGAUCUGAACUAAUCGACAAAUAAAGCCGGUUUGUUUCAUGUUCAUAUCUAACAGUUUGGGUAAUUAUUUUCCAUUCAGCCUGAGAAUCACGGAGCCUGACAGACAAACGGGGGAUUUUUCCUUUAAACCUACAGAGACAAAGUCUGGACUGAAGUGAACAUCUGAUGUUUGAUCUCUGAUUUCUCUCCUUUUUUUAAAAAAAAAAGAAAAAUAUUUAAAUGUGCUGAUGUUGCCAGGAAAAUGUUUUAGCAGCUGUACAGUUUUGAAGAAAUUUAAAUUAAGAAAUGGAAAAAAAAAAACCCAACAUGAGUGAGUUUAUGUGUUGGAAAAACCUGCCGAGCGAUCAUGGCUGGUGAAAUGUCUGAUGGCGCGUAAAUCUGACGAGGGUCAGAGCGCUUUAGAGCGCAGCCCCGCCUCUAAAGCGGAGUAUUUUUGUUUGUGUGAAAGAAAAAAAAAAGGUCUAGUUUUUAUAAUCCUUUUUAUAAAAAUAUUGUUACUGGAGCGGAGGAGCUGUCCUGUCGCCUGGUGACUAACUUCACUGCCACAGAUUAAAGAGCUGAAGUCACACGGAGGAAAUGAGAACGGUUCAGAUGAAACACACUGGAUGGAUGGUUUAAUAAGAACCUAAAUGUUAUUGAAAUCAGGUAUGUAAAGAACAGACACAGGUCAGCACCAUGUUAUGCUGUUAGACAGCAGCUGCUCUCACACUGGUGUCACUGGCUGAUUACAGCAGCAGAGCCAGAAAUAAUCUGUUGUUCUCAUAGUUCAGAAAGAGAAAUCGGAUAAAAUGAGUGUCGAGUCAAAGCUUUAGAAACUAAAUCCCUCUGCUCUCCCGAAAUUCUCCCUCUGAAAGCUGGAAAAAUAAAUACGUCUGAUCUGAUCUCAUAAUAGAAUGACAUUGCUUCUGACUUUUUACAUCAAAAAUGUCUGAAGUAUGGAUCCAAACUGUAAAGCCAAUGUCGACAUCAGGGGUGUCCAAAGAGUGGCCCGGGGGCCAUUUGUGGCCCUUGGAUUGAUUUUUCUGUGGAUUGAGCUUCUUUUUUUUUUUUUAAUCAAGUUAAAAUAAACAUAAUUUUCUUACAAUGGAAAAUGUAAAGUGCAAUAUAAAAUAUUCAUUUUUACAACCAAGCUUGUAUAAUAAGCAGAACCGCAUCUAUCCAGAGACUUUUACUUCACGCUGAAUCCAAAUUAUCUUUAUUUAUGAAACUUGGUUAAAUAUUGACAAGCGUUUUGAAAGGGACACAAAUCCUUGUUUGAUAAAUUUGUCCAAAACCCAAAGAAUUGGAAAGCUGAUGUCAUAAUAUAGCAAACGUGUAAAAUCCUGGAGGGAUCUGACCACUUUAUUUGUUGGAUUGUAGUGUUUAUUUUGUUUCUUGGCCUAUGAUUACAUUUAGAGGUUUGGACCUCCUGCUCUGUUCCACUGAGUCUUUAUUUCUGGUGUCGCUGAUCCGACUGAAGUCGUUUUCCAGUGAUGAGACGUUUAGUGACCCGCUCAGCUGUGGUUCUUCAGGGCCGACGGACUCCUCGUCCUCACAUCACCUCCGUCAGUGUUUGGCUCCUGUGUGUGUUUCUGCAGAUGUUACUGACCUCACACACACACACACAUCUAGAGUGUGUUUUAGCAGAAAGCAGCCCAUUGGAGCUCCUAGGAAAAGUGGUCUUUGAGUAGCCAUCUUUUAGGAUGUGACUUCAUUGUUGUGCUUUGUUCUGAUGCACAGUUUUAGUUUGACUUUUUGUUUGUUUGAAGAGUUCCUAACCUGAGUGGCUUCUGGUUGAUCACAAGUCCAAAUAAAUGCUUUUGUUUUAAAUAAGACUAAGAUCAACUUUUUAACUCUGUGUGUCUGAAGCAUGGUUAAUCCAAUAAACUAUUUUUUGUAGUCUUUCCAUGAAAACAAGAAAAAUGCAGUUUAGAGGUUGUUUUUUUUAUAAACUGAACCGUUUUUCAGAACUGUACCACAGAGCAGAAUACAGCAGUUGUUAAAGUAUAUCAAAUGUCUAUUAUGAGUAAUAAAUGUUGUACCUGUA